UUUUUUUUUCAUCCGAUAAUCUAUUUAAGAUGGCUCCGAGCACUCGACAAGCUGAAAAUGAAGCCACCUACGGUUUCGUAUUUGGAGUAUCUGGACCUGUGGUCACAGCCGAAAAAAUGGCCGGCUCUGCCAUGUACGAACUUGUGCGUGUGGGGCACGGUGAAUUAGUGGGAGAGAUCAUCCGUCUCGAAGGAGACUAUGCCACUAUUCAAGUAUAUGAGGAAACUUCUGCUGUAACAAUUGGCGAUCCAGUGUUGCGUACCGGGAAGCCACUUUCUGUUGAACUUGGGCCUGGUAUUAUGGGUUCCAUUUUUGAUGGUAUCCAACGUCCACUCAAAGACAUCGCGGAUAUGACCCAGUCCAUCUACAUACCGAAGGGUGUAUCUACCAAAGCCCUAUCUCGUGAGGCGCGAUGGGAUUUCACUGUCAACAAGAAUGUGUUCGUUGGAGCGCACGUUACUGGUGGUGACGAAAUCGGAUCUGUGCAUGAAAACUUGCUGAUCAAGCACAAAAUCAUGCUUCCGCCUAAUUCUUGCGGUACUGUGACUUAUGUCGUUCCAUCCGGACAGUACACAGUCGAGGAUGUCCUCUUGGAAGUUGAAUUUGCCGGACGCAAAGAAAAGUUUACUAUGCUGCAAAUCUGGCCUGUGCGAAGCCCUCGUCCAUGUGCAGAAAAGUUGGCUGCUAACAAUCCCCUUCUGUGUGGGCAGCGUGUUCUCGAUGCUCUCUUCCCGUGCGUUCAGGGAGGAACCACUGCUAUACCUGGUGCUUUUGGGUGCGGUAAAACUGUCAUCUCUCAGUCUUUGUCCAAAUACUCUAACUCGGAUGCCAUCAUCUACGUAGGAUGUGGAGAGCGUGGAAACGAAAUGUCUGAGGUACUUCGUGAUUUCCCAGAGCUCACUAUGGAGGUUGAUGGAGUUACCACAUCUAUCAUGAAGCGUACAGCUCUUGUCGCUAAUACCUCAAAUAUGCCCGUAGCUGCUCGUGAAGCUUCUAUCUACACUGGUAUCACUCUUGCCGAAUAUUUCCGUGACAUGGGCUUGAACGUGGCUAUGAUGGCUGACUCGACAUCUCGUUGGGCUGAAGCUCUUCGUGAAAUUUCUGGACGUUUGGGAGAAAUGCCUGCCGAUUCCGGUUAUCCUGCAUAUCUCGCAGCGCGUUUGGCAUCGUUCUACGAGCGUGCUGGUAAAGUUAAAUGUCUUGGAAACCCAGAACGUGAGGGUUCGGUCACAAUUGUUGGAGCGGUAUCGCCUCCUGGUGGAGAUUUCGCUGAUCCUGUCACAUCCGCAACUCUUGGUAUUGUGCAAGUAUUCUGGGGACUGGACAAGAAGCUUGCUCAACGGAAGCACUUCCCUUCAAUCAACUGGUUGAUCUCUUACAGUAAAUACAUGCGUGCUUUGGAGGAUUUCUACGAGAAAAGUCACCCCGAGUUUAUUGCACUGCGAACGAAAUGUAAAGAGAUUUUGCAGGAGGAAGAAGACCUUUCCGAAAUCGUGCAACUAGUAGGUAAAGCUUCGCUCGCCGAAUCUGACAAGAUCACUCUUGAAGUUGCCAAACUUAUCAAGGAUGACUUCCUCCAACAGAACGGAUAUACUCCAUAUGACCGAUUCUGCCCAUUCUACAAAACCGUGGGAAUGUUGAAGAAUAUGAUUGCCUUUUAUGAUCUCUCUCGCCAUGCUGUCGAAUCCACUGCUCAGUCAGAGAACAAAGUUACGUGGGCAACGAUCAGGGACCACAUGGGAGAUCUCUUAUACCAGCUUUCGGCCAUGAAGUUCAAGGAUCCUGCAAAAGACGGUGAAGAAAAGAUCAAGAAGGAUUACGACGAUUUGUUGGAAGCAAUGCAGAACGCAUUCAGGAAUCUUGAAGAUUGAUCCUGAUGAUAUACCCUGUUGAUAUUAAGACCAGACCGAUAAGUCAUUCUCACUUUUAUCUCUCAUCUCGCUUACUUUACUGUUGAACCAUUUGUGAUAGCAUGAUUGUGUAUAGUAUCCCAGACUUUCAUGCCAUCUCCAUCCAUUCCAUAUAGGUUCCCGUGCAGUUUGAAUUUGCAUAGAACCUUCAGUUGUAUGAGAUAUUAGUAGAUAGUAAUAUCAUAGAAAGUUGUUAUAGAAGCAAAAAUGUGAUGUGCACCAAAUAUGCAAGAGCUGAGCAAAUAAUGUCCAUAAGAAUAUUCUCUCUAGAAUAAAGAAUAUGUACUUUUCUGCAUGAUCUAUCUACUCGACUAAGCGGUUAGGGUGU